ACUUCUUCUCCAACAAACAGUCAAACUACGAUCACCUACUGGUAAAACCCUCCCAAACCCUUCGCCUCUAAGUUUUCUCGUCGUUUAAAUAUCAAACCUUCUUGAUCCUGAAACCAUCCAACAAAAAUAUCAAACAUGUCUUCUUAUUCAACUUUUCCUGAUCUGGACACCGAGAUAUGGAUUGUUCCAUUCUUCGGCCAAGGCCAUCUUUAUCCUUGCAUGGAAUUAUGCAAGCAAUUAGCCUCCCGUAAUUUCAAAACCUCCCUGAUCAUUUCUUCCAAUAUCGCCAAUAACGUCCCUUCCUCUAUGCGUCAACUUCCUCUCUUUCAAAUUACUGAAAUACCCUCGUCUCCGCCACCGACGUCGCAGCCUGGCUCAGUCUCCAACCCACUUCAACACCACCAUCACCAGCACAGCCAGAUGGCCGAGGGCCUUCAGAAUCUCUUUUCGACCGGGGUCCGACCCGUUUGUGCUAUUGUUGAUGUUAUGAUGUCCUGGACGGAUGAUACUUUCAAAAAGUUUGGAGUUCCGACAAUUGGGUUUUUCACUUCGGGUGCUUGUUCUGCGGCUAUGGAGUAUGCCACGUGGAAGGCCCACCCGGAAGAUCUCAAACCCGGAGAGAUCCGUUUGCUCCCCGGGUUGCCUGAAGAGAUGGCUUUAACUGAGUCGGAUCUUAAGCGCAAGCCUCAUGGGCCUCCAGGAGGUAUGCUCGGCCCACCAGGUGGUCCUGGCCCAUUUCCAGGCGCGGGCCCGAGGCCGGGCUUCCCUGGUCCACCAGGUGCAGGCCCGAGGCCUGGCUUCCCUGGUCCACCAGGCGCACCUGGGCCUAAGAUGAUGGGCCCACCUCGUCCGGGUCAACAACCACCGUGGGUGGAGGAAGUAGCGGGGUCAAUCGCGUUGAUGCUUAACACGUGUGAUGAUCUCGAACGACCAUUUAUAAAGUACCUGGCUGAUCAAACGGGGAAACCGGUUUGGGGAGUCGGCCCACUAUUACCGGAACAGUUCUACAAAUCAGCCGGUUCAUUGCUUCACGACCGCGAAAUAAGAUCGAACCGCCGGUCUAACGUGACGGAAGACGAGGUAAUCGAAUGGCUAGAUUCGAAGCCACGUGGAUCAGUCUUAUACGUGUCAUUCGGUAGUGAAGUCGGCCCCAAAAUGGAGGAGUACCCACAAAUAGCCGACGCAUUAGAAGCAUCAAACCAGCCAUUUAUUUGGGUAAUUCAAGCCGGUUCAGGUAGAUCGGGCCCGCCACGUCAGCUAUUGGGCCUAAGUGGCGGAGAAGGCGAAGAAGAAGGGUAUUUUCCCCACGGGCUGGAUAGCAAAGUUGGUGAAAGAGGUUUGAUAAUACGCGGAUGGGCACCACAAUUGUUGAUACUGAGUCACCCAUCAACGGGGGGAUUUUUGUCGCAUUGUGGAUGGAAUUCAACGGUGGAGGCAAUCGGGCGUGGGGUCCCGUUUUUGGCGUGGCCCAUCAGAGGUGACCAAUUUUAUAAUGCGAAAUUGGUAAUCAAUCAUCUUAAAGUGGGGUACAUGGUUAGUGAUGAUCAAUCAGAAAUGACGAAGAAGGAUAAUAUAAUAAAGGGAAUUGAGAAGCUGAUGGGAGAUGAAGAAAUGAAGAAGAGAGCUGAAGUGAUUGGGAAGAGAUUUGAGAAUGGUUUUCCUACAAGUUCAGUGGCUUCUUUGGAUGCUUUCAGUGAUUUUAUUAAGCAGAAAGCAGUUUAGUUAUUAUUUCUUGUAUUUUAGUCCUCUCCUUGUUUUGUUUGGUUGGGAGGUUGAGACUUUGCAUGUUAAAUGUAAUUUUAAUUCUUUUUAACAUCA